UCAAACCAAGGUCGGGUUGAGAUCUAUCACUUUGGUCAGUGGGGUACUGUCUGUGAUGACGGUUGGGACGACUAUGAUGCGAUGGUUGUUUGUCGACAGCUUGGAUACACGGGCAGUGCCGAAACCAGGAGUCUUGUUUCAUAUGGAGAAGGAUCUGGGCCAAUACAUCUAGAUGGUGUCACAUGCUUUGGAUUUGAAACCAGAUUGGAUGAUUGCAAUCAUAAUGGUUGGGGUAUACAUGAUUGCUCACAUUAUGAAGAUGCUGCGGUUUAUUGCUUUGACGAUCUAAGAGCACAAAUCCGCCUGGUUGGUGGGUCCACCCCGAAUGAUGGACGGGUUGAGAUCUACUACAGCGGACAGUGGGGUACAGUUUGUGAUGACGGCUGGGAUGACAAUGAUGCACAGAUAGUUUGUCGACAACUUGGAUAUUCAGGCUCUGCUGUGGCCAGGGGUGAAGCUUACUACGGACAAGGAUCCGGCCCGAUAUACCUUGAUGAAGUAGUCUGUUCAGGAUAUGAAAGCAGGUUGACCGAUUGCAGUAAUAGCGGAUGGGGAAUCCAUAACUGUGGACAUUUUGAAGAUGCUGGAGUUGAAUGCUCUGAUGAUGGAACAGUACAAAUUCGGCUUGUGGAUGGUGCUUCUUCAAAUGAGGGAAGGGUCGAGGUCUUUUACUUCGGCCAGUGGGGGACAAUCUGUGAUGACCGUUGGGGUAGCACUGAUGCGAGGGUAGUUUGUCGACAGCUUGGAUACUCGGGUGAUGCUUUGGCCAGGAAGGGAGCUUACUACGGACAAGGGUCUGGUCCAAUACUCCUCGAUGAAGUUAGUUGUUUGGGAUCUGAAUUGACGCUGAGUGAAUGUGUCCAUCUCGGUUGGGGUACCAACGAUUGCCUACAUUCUAAAGAUGCAGGAGUGUCUUGCGAUUUAGAUUCUCCAACAGAGCCUACGCAUUCGACUUACAAUCUUGUUUGGAUCAUCAUUGGAUCCAUAGGUGCAUUCUUGAUCUGGGUGGCUGUAAUUGCAGCGAUAUGUUACGCUUGCAGUAAAUCUACACACAUUGUGAGACCAGCAAGGAAUGACAUCCCCAUGGCGUCUACGACUAAUAAUACCUAGGUCACGGUGUAUCCAUCUCCUGCGCCCAACUUGUCAACACCUGUUUACACCGUAAGUGCAAACAUUCCAGGCAACAUGGCUUCUGCAUCGAUAUAGCCACCAACUGGUAUAUAAUCCACCUCCCUAUUAGCCAACUAGUGACUUUAAACACCCUUCGUGAAUCUCAAACAAUAUUCUCAAGGACCCAUCUUCUGAUCCGCAGUAACAUUUUUUUAAGUACUUCCCAUUGUCAAAUUAUUCCAACAUAACCAAUAUAAAGUAUUGAACACCCCCCGGC